GGACAUGGCAACUGCAAAGCCAGAGGCAAAGAAAAGGCCCAUACAUAACCCAACAUCCGAGAAAACGCGCCAGGUCUCUCAAAAAUCGUCAAAGUCUACACGCAUACGGCCAUCCGCAUAUUACACCGCAAAACCCAGUUCCCCAUCUCACAAGACGGCGAAGCCUUAUCUCUCGUCUUCGCAGCUUCUCGAUCUCUGGACGAUAUGGAGAUACGAUCAACGCCUACCAUCAAAAACGUCUCGGAAUGCUUGGGCGCUCAGUCGAGGUGCAGACCCUGAAAAAGUGGAUACGUGGUUCUAUCGCAGGAAAACAGCCGCAAGGAAAGCCGGUAAUCCGUUAUCAGACGAAACGUACGAACUACCGCUAGAUGCACCACAAGAAAAAGAAAAA